AUGACAGGGGAGAAUGGCCCCAGAGUGUCAGGCCACCCUAUUGAUGCCUCUGUUAGAGAUGCGCUUAGCAAUUGUUCCUGGUGGGUGUCUGCAUUUAGGAGCCGAAACCCAAUCAUCAGUCUCCUUAAGGAGUGCCUUCCACCGGUGGCUCCUAUUCUCCACUCUGAAGUGGAUGAUCUAUACUUGUGGCAGGUGGGAAAUCAUACUACCACAAACAAGUUCUCUGCAAAGGAUAUUUGGGCUUCCAUAUUCCCAAGUAACGUAUCAGCUCCAUGGUCCACUUCGAUAUGGUUCAAAGGAAUCGGUUACAUACUCAUGAUCGUUUACAAAGUUGGGGUGUCCCAGUCCCUUCAUCAUGUCUCUUAUGCAGCUCCGCAGAUGAAUCAAGCCCAUCUCUCUCCUCCUAACGCUUUUGAAGAUGGAUUAAGAUGGAUUAAAGACCCGGUUAGAGAUCCUAACAUCUCCCUGAUUAUCAAGCUUCUGUAUCAAGCUUCGAUUUACGCCAUUUGCUGUGAGCGUAACUCACGGCUUCACUCUGAUUCUUUGAGGCCUCAGAGUGCUCUAGUUUCUGACAUUCAACUAAUUCUCCGAUGUCACCUUGACCCACUAUCUCGUGCAUAA